AUGGCAUACGCUAGCUCUAUGGAGUAUUCUAUGUCCAACAACUCUACCGUCUCUUCCUCGAUGGAAGAAGACUUUACGCUCUAUGGCCAUAUCAGUGACGACGAAUAUUUCCGUCAACUGCACCCACUAGACGUCUCCGGACCCUUCCCUGGUGAGGAGGGCUUCAGCAUGUUCACAGACAUGCCCGGUCUUACCAAUACCCAAUCAAUCGAGGAGAUUGAAGAUUUCUUGAACCCCGAUUUUUUCAAGCUGCCAACAUCCACUCAUCGUGAGAGCAGCAUCCUCGGUCUUAAUGAUCCUCUCCCAGCGGCAUGCACUGGCCCAACCCACAAUGGUUAUCUCGGCCUACACCAUCUAGAAGGAUUAAAUGGAUAUCCUACCCCCCCUUCAACAAUCUCUUCACCCUACUCUCCGCCUACAAAUAACUUCGGUCACUUCACUUCUCCAAAAACUCGUCGAAUGUCCUCGACCCGCCGCAGAGCCCCGGCUCCAAUUUCUUCUCCUCCAUCCUCUCCUCACCCAAAUGGUGCAUCUUCACCAACUGGUGGAAAGCAAGGAAUCUUCACUUGCCCUAAGUGCAGUGCCGUUUUCACCUUCAAGACUAACAAGACCCGCCACGUCAAUAGCCGGGCUUGUGAGGGUAAAGUACAGGUCACCUCUGAGGGAGUGUGCACAAAGGAGUACCCAUGCCCCAUCGAUGGAUGCCCAACUGUUAUCAAGCGUCGAAAAGAUAAUUUGGCUGUUCAUCUCAAAAAAAUCCAUGGCCUUAAGAUGGAACGGCAAUCAAUGUAA